AUGGCCAGCAAGUCUCAGCAGAAGCGGCAGUCCGACAAUCCCAACGCUCAAGGUAGUCCGAAAGCUCAGAAUGUCGUCGACGAACGCGAAGUUCGCCAGGAAUCUUCGAAAGCUGCACGACAAGCACAGCUCGCUAAAAAGAAGGCGAAAGAGCUUCGUGAUGCAGCGGCCGCUGCUGGCGACCCAGAGGAGCGCCAGAAGUUGCUCGAACAGGCCAUAGACAAAGAAAUCGAAGCCGAGUCUUUUGGAAAGACCGCCAAGUAUCUUCGAUCGGGGACUUUUCAAGGCAUGGUAAUGGGCACUGGUAUAGGUGUUACACCUGGGUUGACAUUAGGAGUCUUGACCGGAACGCUGGUGGGAGGACUUACAUCCCUCAUAACAGGAGGACUAGGCGCUGGCAUCGGAGCUCUGACGGGAUGGAUCCACGGCCCUUUCUUCAAUGUGGGUGCGAUGGCUGGUAAGGGCAUUCAAAGGAUCACGGGAAAUUUACCCGGCUGGGUUGCAACGGAGAAACAAAAGCGUACACUAGAGAAGAUGCUAGGUCAGAUCAAGGAGGAGGACAUGCCGGAUGAUGAUGAGCUUGAGAUGAUGGGCUCUGACGACGGCAGCGACAUGGUCAAUGACUGGGGAAAGAAGGCAAGCGCAACGGCAGGCUCAUAUGUGCCUUCGUGGGCAAAAUCGAAGCAGGAUGGAGAUUCAAAGUCAGGCACACCGUCCAAGCAGUCUCAACAAUGCGCACAGAAGACCGACGCACAGCCCGCGUCACAGCAAUUUCCUGCAACUCAGAAAGCUGGUGAUGACGUGCGACAACACCUAGACAAACCACAAGCACAGUCUCACCAUCCUGCUGGCGCCAAGCCUUCGGGGCCUUCUCGGCAAGAGACAUCCGCCCAUGAAACCGGAAAGGAGAAUGUACCUCCCACGAAUGGUAGACAGGUUACAUCCUCUGACAAGCCACAGAGCGGCCAAAAUUCAGCGACCCAGAAACUUCCAGAGACAGCCACCAAACCCACCUCAUCCGGGGCGGCGCGAUCUCAACAACGCAAGAAGCCACGCAAACUAGAGACGAGAUCAACGCCGCAGAUAUUGGAAUCGACUUCUGGUCGACCUGCUGGCGAAGGGAGAAGGCCUCGAAAACUUGAGCGGCGAUCAUGA